GCGUGAGUGGCCGCGGCGGAGACAGAGACGGCACCCGCGCGGCUCCGCGGGCGCUUCGCGGGACGCGAAGCGGGCGACUUCCUUGCUCUUGGCCAGAGGAACCCCAGAGCGGCCCCCCAGGAGGGGACUCUGGAAAAAGGUCAAGAAAUUGCCCCGAGUUCAAUACCGAGGCGGCCUUGGUAACGCUCCCUCCCCCGUCACGUGAUCACGCGGGCCGGAAAAAAGGAACCCUAGGCCGCCCGACGCCCACACAGGAAACUUCAAAAAUCCUUCUCAACUAUUUGGCUAUAGGAACAAUGGUGCUGCCCAAACCUGGGAUCUACUACUUCCCCUGGGAGGUCAGUGCCGGCCAAGUUCCUGAUGGGGGCGCACUGAGAACAUUCGGCAGGUUGUGCCUCUACGACAUGACCCAGUCCCGAGUGACCCUGAUGGCUCAGCAGGGAUCUGACCAGCACCAGAUCCUCAUCUGUACCAAGCUGGUGGAGCCGUUCCAAGCCCAGGUGGGCUCCCUGUACACUGUCCUUGGGGAGCUGGAGCACCAGAAGGACGGAGGUUUCGUGGUGAAGGCCCGGGUGCUGACUUGUGUGGAAGGAAUGAAUCUACCCUUGUUAGAACAAGCCAUCCAGGAGCAGAGGAUGUACCAGCGAGAGAGGGACAGCAGCCAGUAGGAAAUGGCAACUCCUGGCAACCCCCGCAUCCAACCUGCUCCUGGGGCCAAGCCAACUGGAGAUGCCAGAGCUGCUGCAGAGAGGACGCAGGAGCUUCCCUGGAGUGACAGCCUUUUUUUGGAGCCAGAGGGAAGAGGAGGGGUUAUUAAUUUGGGAUUGUCCCAGAAAUGAAAGCCCAGAGAGCAAGUGCCAAAGUCUGAUCCCCUCCCCCCACCAGGAGACCACAGGAGGCCAGGCUCUGGGGCACUGGAGGCUGUGCCUCGUGUGGGGUCAUGGAGGGUUCCAGAAAGUCCUCGUGAAUAAAGGCCCCAGCAACGAGA